AUGCCUUUCGUCGCUGCAAAAGGUCACCAACUACACUACGCGGACUCCCAUCCCGAUGGUGCUCCUGAAAAUGGGCUGACCUUCGUCUUCAUCCAUGGUCUGGGCUCAUCUCAGAAUUAUUAUUUCCCUAUUCUCCCCUACCUAACUCCGCACCAUCGCUGCAUUACCUUCGAUACAUACGGCUCCGCACGCUCUGCAUAUAUGAAUGAGCCAGUGUCCAUUGAAUCGAUAGUCGAGGAUGUUGUCAAUGCGCUGGUUAAACUAUCCGUCUCGUCCGCGGUGUUUGUGGGCCAUUCGAUGGGUGGGCUGGCUGUGACUCUUUUGGCAACCAUGCAUCCGGCUAUAGUGCGGGGUGUGGUGGCUAUUGGACCAACUCAUCCCUCAGAUACAUUGGUGGGGGGAAUGAACAAGAGGCGUGAAAUCGUCUUAACAGCUGGAAUGGAACCAAUGGCAAACACCAUUCCCUACCAGGCCACUGGAACGCAAUGCUCACCUCUGGCGAAAUCCUUCAUCCGUGAACUCCUGAUCGGCCAGAAUCCCAGUGGUUAUGCAGCGCUCUGUCAGGCCAUCGCCAACGCUCCCAUAGUUGACUAUACCAAAGUCCAGUCUCCCUUCCUAUUGAUCGCGGGAGAAGAAGACAAGUCCGCCCCAUUGGAAGGGUGCCAGUAUAUCUUUGAUCUAGUUUCGAGUAGGAACAAAAAGAUGGAAGUACUCGACAAGGUAGGACAUUGGCAUUGCAUUGAGGCACCAGAGCAGGUUGGGAAGGCGAUUGUACAAUUUACCGGGAGCCUGUAA